AACUUAUAACUGAAACCUUGUGAAUCCAGAUGUGCUUCAAUCCGGUUAAUCAUUCCCGGGAAUGUAUGUAUUUUCGUUCAGCGAAACUGCGCACGAUUAGAUGCGCAUGCUAGCUAAAGUUGGAAAACCCUUCCAAAUUCACUACAAUAAAAUGACUGCUGUAGAAACACAAAGUACAGCAUUCAUGAAGCCUGACCAGCCUUCUACAAGUUUGCCUGAUGAACUGGAGACAACACUACAGCAGAAUCUGAUCAGAUUCUGUCAGGACAACAUCACAUUCAACAUGCGUGUGUUGAUGGUUGGCUCCAUUGUCUUCAGUGUUGAUACCACUGAGUCCUUUAAAGUUGACAUUAAGGAACAUGUUUACCAGCAAGGAAACCAAGUCAAUGGUGAUGAUGACGCUUGUAAAACUUUAGAAGAACUGGCCAAACAAUGGUAUGGUGGCACACCUCAAGAAGAAAUUAUAGAUCCAGUCAAGAACUUUAAACCAGUAAGUGAAAGUGUUGCCUCCCUCCCAGAUGUAACAUGCAUAAAAACAGAAUUACCAGUGUCGACUAACAAUGAAGCUGAAGAUGACAGACAUCAACUUGACUACAUUGAUGAUGAUGCAAAGGAUGCAGACUAUGUCCCUGCUCCAGAUGUCGACCACAGUGAUGAAGAUGACGAUGAUGAUGAUGGUGGUGAUGAGGAUGAAGAUGAGAAUGGUGAUGAAAAGCCCAAAGUGAAGAAAGGGAGGAAGAAAGGUAGUAAACAACAUGCAUGUGAACUGUGCGACUACUCCACUCAUCACAUAAACAAAUACACAGAGCAUAUGAACCGUCACAACGGUGUUCGUCCUCAUCAUUGCGAUAAAUGUGAUAAGACAUUUGUUCGUGAGACGUGCCUGAAACGUCAUAUUGCUACACACAAACCAAGCAUUAAAUGUAACCAUUGUGAUGAAGUGUUUAAGAAAGCUGUUAAACUUAAGAAGCAUAUUAAAAAGGAGCACCCUGAUGAAGUGCCCCCUAUGACUUGUGAUUUUUGUUUUGAUGUCUUCGUAACACUUUCGGAAUAUGAGGAGCAUAUGGAGCUAGAGCAUAAUCAUAUUUGUUCUGAUUGUGGCGAUACAUUCACCAGUAAGUCUUUGUUAAAUAAGCACGCCAACAUACACAAGUACACACAAACCAAGGGGGGAACAUUUUCAUGUGAGAUCUGUAACAAAGUUUGCCCGACUAUCGGAGCUAUGCGAAAACAUAAUAAAAGACAUAAACAGCGAAUGAGUGGGCUAAAAUUUAACUGCAACCAAUGCAAUAAGAAUUUCUCCUCCGAGUCUGCGGUGUAUCAUCACAAGCGAGGAGUUCAUGGCGGGGAGAAACCAUUCAAGUGUGAAAUAUGUGAUGCAACCUUUAGUUUUCAUCACAGUAUGAAGCUACAUCGGCUAAAGCAUGAGGGGAAGAGGCCAUUUGCAUGUGACAUCUGCGACAAAACAUAUCUCACUGCUCAUCACUUGAAAUGCCACAAACAGGGAGCUCACGAGAACCAUCAAUACCAGUGUUCCCUCUGUCCAAAAUCGUUUGGUUAUUUGAACAGCUUCAAGAUGCACGUGGCGGGUCACUCAAAGCAGGAGAGAACUUUUAUAUGUGAUCAGUGCGGUAAAGGAUUCCUCAACAAGACGGGUUUGAUCAACCAUGAAGGGACUCACAUAACUGUCAAAGCAUACAAAUGUUCUCAUUGCGAUAAAAUGUACAAAACCGAGACACUCAGAAAACUCCAUGAGAGACGUCACACGACUGAUGCAUCAAGGUACAUAUGUGACAUCUGCGGGUUGACAUUUAUGUAUAAAAGUUCACUGGCGAGUCAUACCAAUGUGCAUAAUGAGGAUCGUAAGUUUGAAUGUGCAAUAUGUAAGGCUAGCUUUAAAUCACCAGCUUCCUUAUACACACAUAAGCUUGUGCAUCAAACUGAUACACCCUUCAAAUGUACACAAUGUGGUAAAGGCUUUAAGAGUAAAGACCGUGUAAUCCAGCAUGAGAAGCGUCACUUGGGUCUAAAACCACAUCAGUGUAACCUCUGUAAUCGUGCAUUCCCUGACAAAGGCGGACUAAGUAAACACACUAAAACAGUUCAUCUCGUGAAACGCAGAUUUAUCUGUCCGAUUUGUGGAAAGAGUUGCGCCAGGGCAGACAACCUUAGAGUCCACAUGAAAACACAUGGAGAGAAUGGAAAAAACAUGAAAUUUAUCGUAAAGUUUGAAAACAGUGAUGCCGAACAUUUGGUUGAUCAAAAAACCUCGACAAAGUCUGGACACCGGACUUCAUUCCCUCUGAAUGCCCCAGAUACCAGUAACCAACAAGAGAUGGUAGAUAUGACAAUGAGACCUUUACAUGCCCAGCAUAUCCAGGAUAUAAAACCACAAGAAGGAGAAGACAAUAAGAACAUUGGUGAAGUACAACAAAACAAUCAUGCGCUUGAUUUAGCGGCCCACCCUAUAAGUGAACAUGGGCAAGGAAGUGAUAAUGUUGGCCCUCCCCAGGGACAUCCCGAGGGUCAACCAUUCAACCCUGCAUAUCUAGAGGCAGCAAAUAGCAUGGUGUUUAUGCAGUAUGGAUACAUGCAUGGAUUUCAAUGAGACUCUUAUUUCUAUAAUACCCAUAGUUACGGGUAUAUAUAAGAGACUAUAUUUGGAAUAUAUUGGUAAAAGGAUUUUGAAAUGUCAAAGAAGCAAAUCAUGACAAAUACUGUAUUCAUCUUUAGUUUGGCGCUACUUAAUUUGGCGGUUUGGGAUAUCAGACAUAUUGGCGUUUAUUUGAUUUGGUGCUUUUUCAAGGGGAUAAGUCU